UCCUGGAUAUGAGGUGAACGAGGCCCCUCCUCAACGUGAAACGAAAGUCAAAGGGGGAAACACGUUCACAUGCUGAGGGAGGCUGACGAGGAAACAACGCAGAGACUCAGUAACUCUCAGGAUGAGCCAGUGGAAGCAGAUUCAGCAGCUGGAGAUCAGACUUCUUGAACAUGUGGAUUAUCUUUACGAUGAUAACUUCCCCAUGGACAUCAGGCAGGGUUUAGCCGGCUGGAUCGAGGCUCAGGACUGGGACUCAGCAGCGAACGAUGAGUCGAUGGCGACCGUGUUGUUCUCCAACCUGCUGUCCCAGCUGGAGCGAGUGCGCUCACAGGAGCAGAACUUCCUGCAGAGACACAACAUGAAGAUCAUACAGCAGCAGCUACAGGUGAAAUACACGUCCACCCCCGCCAUCAUGGCCAGAGUUAUCUCCACCUGUCUCAGGGAGGAGCGGCGGAUCCUCGCCAGCGCCUGCAUGCAGGAACAGGGUCCACUGGAGAAAUCUCUGCAGAGCUCUGUACAAUUUGAGAGGCAGAAAAACAUGGACAACAGAGUCGGGAUCAUCAGGGGCAGCGUGCAGAUGAUGGAUCAGGCUGUGAAAUGCAUCGAGGACAUGCAGGACGACUUUGAUUUCCGCUACAAGACCCUUCAGUCACGAGAAACAACAGAUAAGAACUCUGAGAUGAUGAAACAAGAGGUGACGAGACUGCAGGAAAUACUGAACAGGUUGGACUUUAAAAGAAAGGAAAUCCUGUCUAAAAUGGACUUAGUGAUAAAGGAGAUCGAUGACCUCAUGACGUCUCAGCUCAGCCCGGAGCUGCAGGACUGGAAGCGAAGGCAGCAGAUCGCCGCCAUCGGGGGUCCGCUGCUCACCGGCCUGGACCAGCUGCAGAGCUGGUUCACUCUGACAGCCCAGAGUCUCUUCCAGAUCAAGCGACAGCUGGACAAACUGGGCGAGCUUGUUGUGAAGGUCACCUACGAGAGCGACCCAAUCCCCCUGCAGAAACCCCAGAUGGAGGAGAGAGUCAAAUACCUCAUCUACCACCUCAUCAAGAGCUCGUUUGUGGUGGAGAAGCAGCCCUGCAUGCCCACACACCCACAGAAGCCCCUCAUCAUCAAGACCGGAGUGCAGUUCACCACUAAAGUCAGACUCCUGGUCAAACUUCCAGAGGUGGAUUAUCAGCUCAAAGUGAAAACAACAUUUGACAAGGACCUCCCCCCUGGCAGAGUAAGUCGUCAGUUUUUCAUCCUGACCAACAACACUAAAGUCAUGGACAUUGAAGAUUAUUCAAACGGCUGCCUCUCUGUGGAGUUCAGACACUUGCAGCUGAAAGAGAAGAAAUACAUCAAUGGCACAAAGGGGAACGAGGGUCUGCUCUCUGUGACAGAGGAGCUUCACUCGCUCAGUUUUGAGGCGUGCUUCACAGUUCAGGGUCUCACCAUCGAUCUGGAGACGUGUUCUCUGCCUCUGGUGGUCAUAUCCAACGUGAGCCAGCUGCCCGGAGGCUGGGCCUCGGUCAUGUGGUACAACCUUCUGACGGACGAGCCCAGGAACAUGGCGUUCUUUGGAAACCCGCCUCGGGCCACCUGGAGUCAGCUCUCGGAGGUCCUCAGCUGGCAGUUCUCCACCUUCGCCGGUCGAGGCCUCAACAAGGAGCAGCUGAGCAUGCUGGGAGAGAAGCUGCUCGGUCAACAUGCUUCCUGCAGUGAUUAUCAAGUGUCCUGGUCAAAGUUCUGUAAGGAGAAUAUUCUUGGAAAGCCUUUCAGUUUCUGGAUGUGGUUGGACUCCAUCCUGGAGCUCAUCAAGAAACACCUGCUGCCAGUCUGGAACGAGAACUACAUCAUGGGCUUUGUGAGUAAAGAGAUGGAGCGCAUUCUGCUAAAGGACAAAGAGCAAGGCACAUUCCUCCUCCGCUUCAGUGAGAGCCACCUCGGAGGAAUCACCUUCACUUGGGUGCAGCACAACGAAAACGGAGAGAUGAGUUUAAACUCUGUGGAGCCGUACACUAAAAACCGCCUCAGCGCUCUCCCUUUUGCCGACAUCAUACGAGACUACAAAGUGAUCUCAGACGGGGUCGUACCGGAGAACCCGCUCAAGUUCCUCUACCCGAAGAUCCCCAAAGAUGAAGCCUUCGGACGUCUUUACAACAGUCAGCCGAGCAAAGUCCAUCCAUACAUACCCUCCAUCCUGAUCCCCAUCUCUGAAUUACGCUCGAAUGUGAGCACCUCGUCCCCCGUCUCCUGUCAGUCUCCUGAACCACCGAUGACUCCCGGCGAGUUUGACAUGCUGAACGAGCAGCUUUGCUUCAGCAUGGAAACAAUGAGUCCGCCGUAUUCUCAGUAACUCCUGAUGACACAAACAACAUUUUAUCUCCGAGAUCAAAGAGUUUUUAUAUUUUUAUAUUGACCGAGUGUUUGGAUUUUUAAAAAAAGUUUAUGUGACCACUUAUUUUUUGAACUAGUUAGACUUAACAUUUGAAUUGAUUUUACUUAUUUUUUGGCUAUUCUGUAAUGUGCCUUCUUUCCUUCGUUUUUUUUUUUGAUCACUCUUAUUUCAGCUGUACUUUAAUGCACUCCUUUUUAUUUGUAUUUUUAUGUUGUUUUUUCUUUGAUUGUGUACUUUUUGAUAUGUCCUUCUACGAACUGUGAGUAUGUUUUUUUUUUUCUGUACGAAUAAAGUGUUUAUAAUUGUUAUUUAAAACCUAUCGUUUAUAACAUUUUCAUGUUUAUUUAUAUGACAGUGCCGUAUCACCACAAUAUUUGUGCGCUUAUUUUUGUUAAUCAGUUACAAAUUCAGUGAUUACAUUUCGUUUUGAUUUAGUCUGUCUUAACAGUCACACUUACACCACACGUCAUCACGUACAAUCAUUCAAGGUGAGCUCUUCUGCCACCUAGAGGCCACACUGAGGCAUGGCUGUGUCAACAAGUGUUGCAGAGUUUUUAGUUUUUCUAAUCGGCAGGAAAUAGAGCGCCUCACCUGACUGCGUUGAACUUGACAGAGUCAGUGUUCAAGAGUUUACCGAGAACAGACGUGAAUCCCGGAGAGUGAAGAGAGUGAAGGGUGUGUUUCACAGCCGUAAAGGUGUGUUUGUGUUUGUAUCUGUAUAAAUAAACACUGAGCUACACAGA